GUGGCCACGCGCUCAUCGCAUCCCAUCAAACCCUCGACGAACUGGACACACAGAGAGGACCAAAGAGAAUCGAGGCGAUAAAACGCCACCGUGGAAAAGAGAAAGAGAAAGCAAAGGGAGCUGGGCCAGCUGGCACAGAAAGCGGAACAAGCCACCGAUUGAUUUUUCUUGCCAUAGCAAACAACGAAAAAAAAAAACAGAUAACUGAGGAAACCCAAGGAAAUCAAAAGGAAAACCUACGAUAAUAAGGCAAGCAAAAGGAAGAGGCCAAACCUCGCCAGCAUUUCCAUAUGGAAAUGAAAAUGGCCGAGGCCCAGGAAGCGCUCGAGUCCAAGGACUCCUCCUGUAAUGUAGAAGGCCAGCUCCCGCCAGCUGGCUCCGAGGAGGAGCAAGAGGAACCCGAGGAAGAGGAAGAGGAGGAGGAAGUGGAGCUAGAGCCGGAGCAGGAGCAGCAGGAGCUCCUCAGCGAACGCUGGUCACCGCUGGGCGCCAACUAUGAUGAUGCCAAUAGUGCCAGUUCGGGCGUGGACUGUGAACUGGAGCAGGGACUGGACAAGUCGGAGACGCGUCGUGGUAGUGCAGGAAGCGAGUUGGCUCGCCUCCGAAGCAUCGAAGAUGAGCAAGAGCUGCUCACUAGCUCCCUGUUAGCUCUAACUUCCCAUUUCGCACACGUCCAGCUAAGAGUGCGACAGAUUGUUGAGGCUCCCGCAGAGGAACGGGAUCAAUUGUUACGUGAUCUCGAGGACUUUGCCUUCCAGGGCAUUCCAGAUGCCGCUCAGCCCAAGGAGGAAGCAAAAGCCAAGCAGGCCAAGAGCUCCUCGAUUGAGGGUGAAAAGGAAACUGUCGCUGAUAGCCAGCUUAUUGAGCAACUCAAGUCCCAGCUCACGGAGCUCGAACAGCUGGCCUACGAGGCAGGAGAGCCUGGCAUCUUGCCACAGCAUGUGCUGCUUGAAAAGCAGAAAUUUAUCCUCGACGAGUUGCGUGCCAAGCUCAAUCUGCAGGUGGAACAGCAUGAGUUGCCGACUCUAAGCACCGAACAGCUGCGUCAUCAGGUGGACAAUGCCAUUGGCGAAUUUGUGGGUCCCUUGAAGAUGAAGGAGCAGCUGGUGGCCCAGUUAAAGACGCAAAUAACCGACCUCGAACGUUUCAUUGCCUUCCUACAGUGCGAUGCCGAUCAGAGUUCUGUGGGAGAUCGUUUGAAGCUCCUCUCGGGAGCAUAUAAUAGCUAUGCGGCCAAGCAGACAGCCCGAAGUAGUUCACAAAUUGCUCCGCCCAUUGAACCGUCACCAAUUGUUGGUAGAGCAAAAAACUCACCUGCCACAACAGCAGCAGCAGCUCUUCCACCAUCGUCCAGUGCUGCUUCCACUUCCGGUGAGAGUCUACACAGCAAAGCUCAUGGACUGUUGGACAAGGCAUCGCUUCUGAUGCAAAUGUUUGCGAGCACGCAUUUGGUAAAGCCGCGCCACGAUGACUUCCAGCAGAAUUCGUUGAAGAAAACGCACAAGGGCAAUCACUGGGGGGAUCUCCGCGCCCAACUGGAAGUGGACAUCCAAGAGGUGGCUGCCUUGGCUGCCACCUUGAGCUGCGAUCGCGAGAAAUUGGCCAAUAUCAAGCGGGCUUUACGUCAACAGCAGCAGCAGCAGAAAAGGCAACAGGAGCAGGAGCACUCCUCCUCAUCUUCCUCCACUGGCCAUCCAUCUCAUCCAGUUAUCAAUGCCCAAAAUGGAGCAUUAACCACUGUGCCGCCACGUUGCCGAAGAGCAGUGCCCACUGGCCAUGAACUGGCUCCAUAUGCCGCCUGCAGCGGUGCCGUCUCCUCCGAUUCCGAUGAGGAUAUCAGCUACUCCAACUUCGAGUGGGAAAAAGAGGGUAAAAGUCGACGUAUGGCACAUAUGCGUGGUGAUUCAAUAGCCACAAUUGGACGUGAAUUGACGACGGUGGUGCGUAAGAAUUUUGCCCGAACAUUGCAGCAAUUAAUACAGCAUGGAUUACGCAUACCGGCGGAAUCGGCAGCAUCCAGUUUAAUGGUUCCAUUUAUGCGAUGUCUACAUCCUGGUCCACCAGCGGCUGUAAUACCAGCUGCUUCCAGCGGAGAUUCACAAUUUAUGGGCUUGGGCAGGGCCAUGCAUGCCUGGGAAUUGGUACUAGCUUACUACAGAUUAAAGCAUGGCGAUGAGUACAAUAAUACGCCUGCCCGCAAGUUGUCGCAGAGCUUCCAGUUGGACAUUGUGGAUGCCCAGGCGGUGACAGCCAAGCAGAGUCUUCUAAGUGCCGUGGGCAUGAUCCUGGCCAUGCACAGGCCAUACAAGAGGAGUAACAAUGCGCAUUUUAAGGCCUUCGUUUGUGCGGGACUCAACUCUCACUUGCUGGUGGAGUGGCUGAAUUUGAUCCUCAGCUGUCAUGAGCUGGUGGACACGUAUUACUCGUCCAGCAGCUAUGUGGCCCGCACGGGUUUUCGCGACUCUUUGCGCUCCAUCGAUGCUCUGUCGCGUUUCGACUUUGAUCUGCCGGUGGAUCUGGCCAUUAGGCAUUUCCGUAACAUCUAACCGGCUGCCUCAG